UAUCUAUUUUUAGGUCAUAAUAAAUGUACAAAUAAGUUCCGUUUCUAUGCUCUAAUAAUGCUGUGGAAUAUUUCAAUUUGUGUAACAUUUACUGAAAUUAUUGAUUCAACAAAAUGGAUAAAAACAGAAGAAAUAUUCUUGGCAAUAUAUAAGGACUUCAUCUUCUUGAAUGAGUAAGAAAGAAUGCAGUUUAUCACAGAGCAAAAUGUCGUUUUAAUUUUCUUGAUUGGCCUUCAUAUGAACAGUUGUUAUGGAUUCUAUUCAAUUAAUUUACAGUUUGCGUCUCAUUAUUGUGACGAAUACGUCAGACGACUAACGGAGAGCACAUUUUAUAAAUUAUCAUGGCAUGGACAAACUUCUCCAAAACUAUGUGAUUUUAGUUUUACUGGUGGAGAGAGUAGUGAGCAUAGAUCGUAUACAGUAUGUUUUGAGUCAUUGGUAUUUGAUUUACCAUAUUCAAUGGGUAAUGUUGAGCUGCAAGUAAAAAAUUAUACAGGGAGUAAAUCAAAAUGGUAUUAUACGAGAGACGACAUAUCUAUAGAGAAAACCUGUGUAAAGCAGGCGUACAUGUUAACCAUAACCAUUAUGUUACCAAAUAGAUAUAUAGAACCACUACCAAAGACCUACCUCGUCAUCAAAGUCACAGCAUUUCGUUUUAGAGAUAAAAAGAUUACACCAACCAGCAGCAACAUAGGUAUAACUGUUGUUUCUGUUGUAAUCUUUAUUGUUUGUGCAUUUGGUAUGUUUUUCUGCAUCAAGUCUGGCCGAGGACCUAGAAGAGGAGUAGAAAGCAUUGGUGGUGGUAUUGCUUGUAUUGGCGAGGCUGUAUGUAAUUGUUUCAAAUGUGAAUGUUUUGACUGUACAGCAAAUUUACCCUCAUGUGACUGUGAUUGUGAAAAUAUAUGUAAGCCAUGUGGGGAGUGUUGUACUGCAUGGGCGGGUUGCUGUACAACUUUAAUUUUAAGUGUGAGAGGCGAGAGUCAUGAAGAUCCAUCUUUGGAAACAACAGGAAUGAAUCCAAUACCACAAGAGCCAGAACAGACUCACACGUCGACUUUAAUGCCGGAGCCUUCCGUACCACCACCGGAUUACAAUACAUUACAAGGAGAUUCAUUAACGCCUCCUCCAAGUUAUGAAACCGCUAUACGUUAUACACCUCCAUCAGCACCUCCGACCAAUCAAUGAUGACGACACAUACGUACUACAUGAACCCAUUCUUCAAAAUUAUUAUCUUUGAUAGUUACCAAUGACCCAAAGAAUAUCCAAUAGUAAUGUCGUAUUAACGUCUCAAGAUGCUGGAUAAGCUAUCCAAAUUAAAGCAUUUUCGUAUCACGUUUUCGUAUCACACUCCGUGCAGUGUGAUACGAGAAAUAUUUCUUCAUGCAAAAAAUAGAUAACAGGCAACAAUCAUAGGAGAAUCUCAAAUAUCCUAUUCCAGAGAGACAGGAAUGUACAUGUAUAUAUUUUCGAAUCUCUUAUAACUUCAAGCCGAUGAUAUAAAUGCGAUCAAUAAGAGUACACUUCUGGUUGAAUCUGAAGAAAACUAUUAAAUAAAAGGAAUAAACAAGUUGACAAGUAGGAUACGAGUAUGGCGCUAAACGGAAAGUCGGUUAAGUGUAAAACAACAUUGCACCACAGUAAUGACACAACACAAAACAUAGAAAUUCAAUUAUAUUGCUGAAAUCGCUUUAAAAAACAUUUUACAAAUUGUAAAGAUUUUGGUCUGUGUUUUAAUUGUCUCUCCCUACAAUAUGAACAUAAGUCAGGUAAGACAGACCACGUAUUGUUCAUUUGUCUUUGGUUGUAUGUAUGUUUUUUCCAGAGGACUUGGAUGUUGGUGGCUGAUAUAGUUUGUUGUAGUAUUCGGUAUUUUUAGCGAUUUCUAUUAUCCAAUUAUAUGUAUUAAAUUUUGCACAUCCAUUGACAGGACUUCUGCAGGUGAAAUAAAUAUUUCCCUUUUGAACAAUAACCGUUAUGUUUUUUCAAUAGUGUAUGGAAAAUAAGUUCUUAUUCGCCACAAAAGUAAUGCAGGGCAUGCUUUGAUUUUUGUCGAGUCUGCGACUUUUGUCGCGGAAAGCUCGACAUAGGGAUAGUGAUCCGGCGGCGGCGGCGGCGUUAGCUAACUUCUUAAAAGCUUUAUAUUUUAGAAGGGGGAAGACCUGGAUGCUUCAUACUUUGUAUAUAGAUGCCUUAUGUUACGAAGUUUCCAUCUGUCACAUGUCCAUGGCCAUUGUUCUUGACCUCAUUUUCAUGGUUCAGUGACUACUUGAAAACAAAGUUCAGAUUUUUUGUAAUGUUAAUUUCUCUCUUAUUAUGAGUAAUAGGAUAACUAUAUUUGGUAUGUGCGUACCCUGCAAGGUCCUCAUGCCCGUCAGACAAUCUGUUUUCACUUGACCUCGACCUCCUUUCAUGGAUCAGUGAACAAGGUUAAGUUUUGGUGGUCAAGUCCAUAUCUCAGAUACUAGAAGCAAUAGGUCUAGCAUAUUCGGUGUAUGGAAGGACUGUAAGAUGUAAAUGUCCAACUGGCAGGUGUCAUCUGACCUUGACCUCAUUUUCAUGGUUCAGUGGUUAUUGUUAAGUUUUUGUGUUUUGGUCUGUUUUUCUUAUACUGUAUGCAAUAGGUCUACUAUAUUUGGUGUAUGGAAUUAUUGUAUAGUGUACAUGUCUAACUGGCAGGUGUCUUCUGACCUUGACCUCAUAUUCAUGGUUCAGUGGUCAAAGUUAAGUUUUUGAGUUUUGGUCUUUUUUUCUAAUACUAUAUGCAAUAGGUCAACUAUAUUUGGUGUAUGGAAAUAUUUUAUGAUGUACAUGUCAGUCUUACAGGCUUUAUUUGACCUUGACCUCAUUUUCACGGUUCAUUGCUCAGUGUUAAGUUUUUUGUGUUUUGGUCUGUUUUUCUAAUACUAUAAGCAAUAGGUCAACUAUAUUUGUUGUAUGGAAGGAUUGCAAGCUGUACAUGUCUGCCUGGCAUGGUUCAUCUGACCUUGACCUCAUUUUCAUGGUUCAUUGGUCCAUGUUUAGUUUUCUUGGUUAAGUCUGUAUCUAAGAAACUAUGAGCAAUAGGUCAAAUAUAUUUAGUGUAUUGAAUGAUUGUAACGUGUACAUGUUUUUCUUGUUUGGUUAAUAUGACAUUGACCUCAUUUUCUUGGAUCAUGUUAAGUUUAUGUGAUAGUUGUAGUAAAGCUUUAUAUUUAGGAUUAUCAACAUAAUAUCAAUGUUUAGUAAAGAAGGCGAGACAUUUCAGCGUGUGCACUUUUGUUUUCUAUGAAAUAUCUUUUCGUACAUCCUUUUUAGUACCAUCAAAUUAUAAAGAAAAAGAAAAUUUAAUCAGGACUUAAAGUAUUAAUUAUUGCAAUAUCUACAUGUAGUCUCUAAUUGUUUGUUUCUUGUAUUUAAUGUAUGUUAUCUUACAAUUCUAGUAAAUUUGUUUACAGAUA